CAGAUUGGUUUAGUCACAGCGAAAGCAGGAAAAUAUGUAUGGAAAACAUUUAUUGUUUUGCUUGUUUUUCUAUGCAACAGAGUACAAGUGGAAAUGUUAUGGGAACAACAAUACAGCAUGGGAAGUAUCUUACAGAAUUAUAUUUAUUUUCUUGUACCUUUGUUCCCGUCACAAAAGAGCCUUAUGUAGGGGCUGGAUGGUCCUAUAACUAUGAUCCUAAAACGGGUGUUGCUGGAAUGAAGAAAGGCUAUCAUUUAUCUAGAAACGAUACUUGUCAUGUAUAUAAACUAACGGAUCAACAGCGACAUGAUAUUCAUACACCACAAGGUGAAAUCAACGUUCAGAUAUAUAUGUAUCAGGCUGUUAUCACCCACCACGGCGAGACGAUGAACUUGCUAGAACUAAAAAACAUAAGCUACAGCAUCUGGAAUUACUGCAAAAGUCUGGAUCAUAUUAUCAAGUAUAACUUCUAUGUCUCAAAAUAAAAGAUGGAAAAAUC